GUUGAACUUUCCUUCCGCCUUUGGUAUCGCGAUUGUGGUGGCAUAGUGGUAGGUUUGGUCGUCGUCUUCUCGCGAAUCACCCGCUAAAAACUCUCCAAAAUGGCAAGCAAGAGAAAGGGAGGAGCCAAGACCAAGAAGCGCGCCCAGCGUGCUACCUCCAACGUCUUCGCCAUGUUCGAUCAGGCUCAGAUCCAGGAAUUCAAGGAGGCCUUCACACUGAUCGACCAAAACCGAGACGGUUUCAUCGACAAGGAGGAUCUCCACGAUAUGUUGGCGUCCAUGGGUAAGAACCCCCAAGAUAAGGAAUUGGAUGAAAUGGUUUCCGACGCACCCGGCCCGAUCAACUUCACCAUGUUUCUCACGCUCUUCGGUGAAAAACUCAACGGUACGGAUCCUGAAGAAACUAUAAUAAAUGCGUUCAAGCUCUUUGACGAGGAAGGAAAAGGGAAGAUACACGAAGACUACCUGAAAGAACUGAUGAUGACGAUGGGCGAUCGCUUCACCAAGGAUGAGGUGGAGCUCAUGUACAAGGGCGCCCCCAUCGACGACGAGGGCUGGCUGGACUACUCGGGCUUCGUGCGCAUCAUCAAGCACGGCACUAAAGACGAGGAGCUGGUCAAGACCGGCAGUUAGGCUCCCGGAUGUUCCAACCCCCAUCUACUCGUUAUAUUACACGUAUUGUACAGACUUAUUUUCAAACGAACACACAGUUCAUGCAUCCAUCAUCGCCGCUGUUAAAAUAAGGGACAUUUCGCUCGAAACAACAGUCUUUGCGGCAUAUGGGAAACGGCUGACAGUGUAAUCUCAGUGAAACGCCGCCAUAACGAACAUCCCCUGAGUCUCCUGCAAUAGUAAAUUCUAUCGUAGUACACAUUCACUAUAACGAACAACCACUAUAACGAACAUUUUCUAUGGACGCCACCGUGUUCGUUAUAUGGCGUUCUAUACAGUUUGCAUCGUUUGUAAAUGAGAAUUUGUAAACUAAGCGAAAGAAAAGUUACGAUUCACAUACACGCAGCACCCAUAAUGUAUCCAAAUGGACUGUUAAAAUGUUUAAUCAAAUUCUCAUCAAUCUUCAGUCGAAAGUAGUCUACAGGCAGGAGAUGUUGUUUGUCAUUGCAAUAUUAUAGGGUUUGUUAUUUUGUUGCUCGUGUUGUUUUUUUUGCCCAGAGAUAUUUUUUCUCUGAAAGUUCUGCUUCUCGUCUUUAAGCUUUUGAAACUUGCAAGCUGUUGAGUGAAUCACACGUUUCCGUUUAUGAGGAAGUUGGUCACGUUUUGUUUAAUCUAAAAAGCUCAAGUGUGUCGCAACUAUCUUUACAAAAGUUACCAUUAAAAAAUAUUUUGUGCAUUAUUGUAUUAUUUAUGCAGAACGUAAAGUAGCUAUUAUAGAAAAAUGUAGAAUAGAAGUGAGUGAUUUAUGUUUUCGAAAUAAAGAGUACCGGAAGAGAUAUUAAGGCCUAUACAAGACAGCAUUCAUACAGUUUGGAGAAGUGUACGAUACGUCACAAAGAUACCGAAAAAAAACCCAUUCUAUCCCUAAAAUGGCCUAUGCUAGUCGUCGUAUGUGGAGUCGAUACUCGAUAAACAACCAGAAUAUUAGAAAAAAUAGUCACAGUUGUAAACCUCGCAAGAAAAUCGAGCCACACGAGUGUUAAGAUACCGCAUACGGACACAGAGGCUACGGGAUGGAGUGGACAUGUAGGCCCUAUAUCAUGUUUAAAUGGUUUUUAUUUGUGUACAUAAAUGUUACCAAUACUCAAUAAUGCCAAACAUAAUUUGUAUUGCAAUAAAACAUGAGUUCGUUAUCCAU